AUGAAGUUGAUGCAGUUUGAUAACGAGAGCCAAGGCAUCGGGUUUAUUCAAUCCUUACCUCGCCAUCAUAUGGCCGGCCUUGACUUCAACCAAAAGUUCUCGUUUACAUCUGGUCAAUUAAAUAUGGCUCAGACCAUCUCGAACCAUACUUUAACCUGUCUCGAUAGUGAUGAUGAGGCCAUUCCCAAGUUCCACCAAUCGCCAGAUGCUACUGCCAGCCAGUCCAGUGAUAUGAGUCUCGUCGACAAGAAUGGAGCUCAUGACACUGAUAGCUCUGACAACAGUUCGACUGAUGGACAAGCAGGGGCUCAUGACAGGACAUUGACCCCUCCUGCGGCCAACCCUAUACACAACAGCAAAAGAUAUGAUGCCGAUGUCGCUGAGUACAUGGCUAGCUUUCGUCGCCAGCCCGAGCUUACUAGCAGCCCAUCGAUUCCUCGUCAUGUGACUAACCUUGUCUACGGGAUCGAAAGCCAGAAUGCCGAUAUCGCUAAGUAUAUUUCUGAACAGCCGGAGGCAACUAACAGUCGGUCAAUCUCUUCUCUUGUGGAAAGUAAUGUCUUCAAGACCAAUAAUUGGCCAGUCGAAUAUGACACGGAAUAUACACCGGACAACUCCCACAUCUUCCAAGAAUCCCAAGUGACUGGAAUGUCCGGGAGCCGCGCGUCGAUCAGAAUCGAUGAUAUUGAGCAGAACUUGAUCGCGUCAUUUGAAGCACACGAGACAGAAGAGACCGCGUCAAUCAGCUCCGAGCACAAUCUCCAAGAGCAGCUGGGAGACGCCUCCUCGGUCACCACAGGUGAAGUGACUGAUAGCCUCGAACCACAGGAUCUAGACUUAUUGCGGUUAGAAGAGGAGUGCCAGGAAAUUAUUGAUGCUCUGGAUGAGCCCCUCCAGGUCCCCAGCAUCGUUCAGACCAUCGGGAUGCAUGAACUGGUUAGUUUGAGGGACGAACUAGAUGAGCUUGAAGAUUCCCCCACUGAUGACGCCCACUUUUUCAAGGCCCCAGAAUUCCAGAAUUCGGAGGCUUUCGAAGGUGACUCGGCUGACUUUGUGGAAGAGGUGGGUACCAACCCCCCAAGAGCUCUCCUAUUGAUACGCCGCCCGAGAAGCCCCGAGGAAUGGCUGUAUCAUGCACAUGAGCCAGAAGGGAUAAGCGAUGAGGUUGAACUUGCGAGAAAUAUUGAGGAUGAAGUGGAAAGCGUGGCUCACGCCGAUACUGUCCAAGCCGCCGAGGCCACUGAAGACUGCAAUGAUUUCAGCGGCAACGAGGAAGAAGAUGGACAGGCUACACCUUACUCUGAGAGAUCUCUAGUAUUCGAGACUAUCAAAGGCGAGAAUGAUCCGCGCGGUAAUGACGAGGACGACGAGAAAAGCACCCUCCAGCCUGAGAAUGAUGACGGCGAUCUUAUUUCUCGCCCACUUAUCGAUGACUUCGAGUCGCGUUCUCAACAAAUGCUGGUCAAGACUUGGUUGCCCUCUAUUCGAACCUCUCCGGCCUCCACAUUCGUACCCUCAAUCACAUUGAGCCUCGAGCAGCUUUCAAAGAUGAGCGAUUCUGAGCUUACAAUUGUGUUUCGUGCGCUUGAGUCCGAGAAAUUACUUACGCUCAGGCGAUAUCCUCGUGGAUCCAGAGGUAAAUCCGGGCCAACCGUGCUCACCAUAUCCCACUCCGACACCCCAUGUUCUGAUAUCAAAGCCCCGGGUGAAGCUCCUCUGGCUGAGAAUCGAUAUCUGCUAAAGGCUGCCAUCGCUGUUCUGGCCCUAAUUGGACUUUUCAAUGUUCUCCUUGUCGUUUGGGCAGUUGGAUUCGGUAAAGAGCGCGAAGCCUUGCGUGUUGUUUGUUAUUCUUGGAAGGUUGUUUUGACUCGACGUAUGUGA